UCCUUUUCCAAAGUAGAACCAUUCACUAUACUGUUUAGUGACUAGUUAGUAGUAUUAGCUAAUGUUUUAUAUUCUGUGUUGAUAUAAGUUAUUCGUUUUGAAGCAGUUGUAUGUGGAAGAUAUGGUGACAGUUGAGGUUCGAGAAAUUAAUCAGGCAGCACAUUCCAAAACUGUAAUUAGUUUCUCCGUUGCCCAAAAGUAACGCCGUUAAUCCAUUAUUCGACAUCGUUACACAUUCUGUUGUCAUGUUUUAUAUAAUUACCAUUUUGUCGUUUAUGUUGUCAACACAAUGAAAAAUAACUAAAUAUAACAUUCAGGUGUGUAUCUAUAUAUAUAUAUAUAUAUAUAUAUAUCACAAUUAGCUUAAGACAGGAGCAACCAGAAAAAGGGGCAUAAAAUGGUACAGAUGCCAAAUAGAUUCAACAGAUUCGCUGCAGGUUUUGACGUGGCGGCGGCGCUUGCACGUGCACCGUGCGAUAGUAGCAGCGGGAGCGAUCACUUUCCGGAGGAGACGCAGGAUCUUUGGGAUCUGAUCGAAUCUUUUAUCGACAGCGAAGUGAAAGUUAUACGGGAUGAGGUUACUCCCGGGGAAGAAAACGAUGAUAAAUCGGACGUUGAUGAUGAUUAUGAGGAUUUGAAGGAGAGGUUACGGGAGAUUCUUGAAAAUCACGGAGGAGGCGGAGAGCGGCGGAGAAUAGUUGAUGAGGUAGUAAAUGCAAGUGAGUUCGUCGGUAAGAAACGACACUUGAUGGCUUAUCUACGUAACAAAGGUUUUGAUGCAGGUCUUUGCAAGUCCCGGUGGGAUAGAUUCGGCAAUAACCCAGCUGGGAAUUACGAGUACGUUGACGUUAACGGAGGAGAUAAGAACCGUUUUGUUGUCGAGACAAAUCUUGCCGGAGAAUUUGAGAUUGCUCGGCCUACGACAAGAUACACUUCUCUCUUAGCACAACUACCACGUCUCUUUGUUGGAAAACCUGAAGAGCUGAAACAGAUUGUGAGGAUCAUGUCCUUUGAGAUAAGACGGUCGAUGAAGCGAGCAAAAAUUCACGUGCCUCCGUGGAGGAGGAACGGCUAUAUGCAAGCCAAAUGGUUCGGUCACUUCAAACGAACAAAUAACGAAGUGGUUACUAGGGCUAAGAGCUGUGGCUGCGGACCACGUGUCGGGUUCGAAUCGGUUAAAACGGCGAGGUUUAAAGAUUCUAAGGAGGUGGACUUGAAGAAGAAUGGUUUAAAGGUUGGCCAGCUCACGGUGGCUUUCAACGCAGUGAGGUGAGGCUAGCUGUUCAAAGAAUAAAGCAUAUGCGUAGUUUAUAACUAAAAUGUUUGGAUAUGAUGUAAAUAUAUAGUUUUUUGGGGGAUUACAGAACUAGAGAAGCAACUAUCAUAAAGUUGUUGAUCGCUGAAAUAAAUAAAUAAAAUUGUUGAUUAGAUCA